UUUAGUGAGGACAUCACUAUUUGAUUAUUUAUUCGGUCCCUCCUUUUUUUUAUUUGACUUUUCCUUCCCGCCUCUUUUCUCUGUCAAGGUAAUCUAUCUAUCUACCUCACUUCUAUAGGAAAUUUCAUACAAGUUUUCGAAAACAUCAUGACUCUACCUGUGUCAAUGGAUGACAAGGAAUUAUUUCCCAAGGUGGAUAUUCUCAAUCUUACUUUUUCACCAAAAUCGGAAAUCAGCGAGGAUGUAUUCAAACAGAUGUUCUCUUCUCUCGACCGUCUCUGGUGGUCACGGCUUGUCAUUUCGAUUCGAGGAUACGUAAUCAAUUACGUUCAACAAAACGAUGAAGUACUGUUCAGUUGCGAUGACGCAUUCAUCAAAAUUCAUCAGAAAUUGGCGGAACGAAAUAGUCAAUUUGAAGAUGCCUUUGAGUAUCUAACUGCAAUUUUCCAUGUCAUAAGAGAGAAGAAUACAUUGAUUCAAAUGAUUUCCAAUCCUAAAAGCAUAUCGACAACCAAAAUAUCUCCCAACUUGGACCGCUCGUUCAACAUUAUACAUGGAAAUCUUACACCCAAGACUAUUCAGCUGACCAUUGCGCAACUGCCGGCCUAUACCAUGUUUAUCAAAGUUGUUGUAAACUUGCAACAGAGAUGGGAAAAUGAGAAGUUGAAGAAAAAAUCGAUUCGUUUUGAGACAGACCCAGAAUGGGAACCCGAUGAGAGAGUUGUCCUUUUUCAAACCUUCGCAUCAGACAAUCGUACUUGGGUUCUUUUAGACUUUGAUAGGUACAUUCUACAACAGUGGAAACCAAGCGGAACCUCUGUUAUCUUUGGAGACAGAUUUGUUGAAAAGAAAAAGAGAGCUGGUCUGAAGCUUUGUUCAACAUGUGGAAUGUUGGAGCAAAAGAAAGCACAAUUCGCCUCUUUAGACGAGAAAGCAUAUUGUUCAAAAACGUGUUUUGAUGAACUAAAUCCUCCGAUGACAGUGAACAAUCGAGGUGCCACUGUUGUCCACUUAUAAUGCGAUUUGUACAUUUAGUUGUCCUAUAUUCGAAUCUACAUGGAAAAACCAUCAACGAUCAGCACAACCAUCAACGUUUUAUUAAUUCAGUAUUUUACAAACUUUUGAGAAUGUUUUGUUAUUAAUGGAAACUAUUUGAUAUUGUACAAAAGCCACAAUUGAAUCUAAUUGAAAAUAAAGACUCGUUAUAUAUAU